AACAGCAAACGCGAUAAAUACUCCGAGAAUAGUUGUCCGGCUGUUAUCGUGAGUUUGUACAAGCGGCUCUUUGAUGUAUCUUGUGAAACAGCUAGUGGUGUCACUUAUCACGACUUUUAACUUUUCGUGGCAUGGAAAAGAGUGUUGUCACUCGUGUUCCGCACGCAAAUUAGGUAACGCAUUCUGAGUGGCGUCAUUUGAGUUUCACGUGGAAGCCCACACAUGUAAAAAUAUGAUCUUUGCUGCGCUGCGAUUCAUCGUAGAAACUGUGGUUGUAACUGACCAAUAGCUGCGGGGUAGACGAGAGAUCUUCCACUGUAUUGGCUCUCAGGUGUCUUAAACACAUUCAAACUGCUGCUGUCUAGUAGUAUGCGAAACGGUCAACAUAACACAUUGAUCGAAGUUUUGGAAGCACUGUGUUUUUUUUAGAAAAUAAGUUUUAUAUGUUUAUGUAGUAGUUUGUGUUCUUUUAUACAAAAUGACAGCAGCGAAAGAAGAAACAUACAUCCCUGAUAUCAUUGUUGAUUCUGCUUCUGGGGUGACAUACAAGAAAGGGCGGUUUUUCGGAAAGGGUGGAUUUGCAAGGUGCUAUGAAAUUACAGACACAAAAACGGGGAAUAUUUAUGCCGGGAAGAUCAUCCCUAAACGCUUAAUGAAAUCAAGUAAUCAGCGAGAAAAGAUUAGUCAAGAAAUACAGAUUCAUAGCAGUUUAAGCCACAAUAAUGUUGUUGGUUUUUACGGAUAUUUUGAAGACAAUUACAAUAUUUAUAUCGUCUUGGAGUUAUGCCGCAGUAGGUCGCUCAUGGAACUUCAUAAGCGGAGGAAAGCAUUGACGGAACCAGAAGUUCGGUAUUUUUUGCACCACUUGACUCUUGGAGUGAUGUAUUUACACCAACGUAAAGUGAUUCACAGAGAUUUAAAAUUGGGCAAUCUGUUUUUAAAUGAGAAUUUAGAAGUCAAAAUAGGUGAUUUUGGUUUGGCAGCGAGACUGGAAUUUGAUGGCGAACGAAAAAAGACUGUUUGUGGUACACCGAACUACAUAGCUCCCGAGAUUAUCAACAAGAAAGGACAUAGUUAUGAAGUGGAUAUAUGGUCAAUUGGCUGCAUCAUGUACACAUUGUUGAUUGGGAAGCCGCCAUUUGAAACAAGUAGUUUAAAGGAAACCUAUUCAAGAAUAAAACGAUGUGAAUAUUACUUACCGUCACAAGCAAAGAUUUCAAAAUCAGCCGCAAAACUUAUUAGACAGAUGCUUCAACCAGAUCCAAAAUCUAGACCAAAAAUUUCGGAGAUUCCUCUAGCUGAGUUUUUCACUGAUGGCUUGUUACCAAAGCAGUUGCCAACAACUUGUCUGACAACAGCUCCAAGGUUUGAUACUGUAAAAGCGGUGCAAGGAAGACGACCUCUGCUUGAAGUGAAUUCAGCUGGUGAAGCUGCUGCAAUUUCUGCUGCCACCAAACCAAACUCAGGCCACAAGUGCUGUUCUGGAGAGAAUCCUGUGGCCUUAGAAUAUCGAAGAAACAUGAGAUCAUUAAUUGAACAGUUGGUUGGAGUUUUAAAGACAAAUCCUGGGGCUAAACCCAGUACUGUACCCUUGGAUGAGACAACAGAUCCUGCAUCCCACCCAUUUGUGUGGAUUAGUAAAUGGGUUGAUUAUUCAGAUAAAUAUGGUUUUGGCUAUCAGCUGUCUGAUGAUAGUGUCUGUGUCAUGUUCAAUGAUUACACGAAGUUGAGCUUGCAUCCCAACCGAAAGAAUCUCUAUUACAUACUGGAAAAUGGAGAAGAAAAGUUCUACACUGUUGAUAGUUACCCUGAUACAUUGGCAAAAAAGAUGAAGUUGUUGAAGUACUUUGAACGCUACAUGCAGGAUAAUCUGAUAAAAGCGGGAGCUGCAGUUCCUGUAAGAGAGUGCGAUUCCAUUAGCAGACUUCCAUACAUGUAUCAGUGGUUUCGGACGUCCAAUGGUGUUGUCAUGGUGUUGUCAAAUGGAACAGUUCAGGUGAACUUCAUCGAUCACAACAAAAUUAUUCUUUGUCCAUUGAUGGGUGCAGUGACAUUUAUUGAUGAUAGUCAAAACUUCAAUACAUUCAAAUUCUCUUCAAUAAAACAAUACGGAUGCAGCAGUGCAUUAGCACAAUGCCUCAAGUUUGCAUAUGACAAGUUGUCUUCACUACUAGCACCAUAAGUCACCAUGCUUAGUGUUGGUAUAUGAAUACUUCAAUGUCUACAGAAACCAGAUGGACACUUAGUGUUUCUCUGUAGGUUUCAAAAGGCCUGUUACUCUACACGUAUAGUAGUGGUUGCAAACUGAUGAUAUGGUCUUGGCGUGUGUAGCACUUGAUAGUUUGUGUCAUGAAAUCUGAUUUUUAUGAAGUUAUGGCACAGGAUGAGAGUUGGGAGCUAAGUUCUAUGAAAAGUGCAUAUUUCAUGUGAUCCUAACUAAUGUGUAGAAGGAAGAAACUGUUCUAACAGCCAUACUUGUAAUAAAAAUUGUGAAAUGAAAUGACAAUUCUGAGCAAAAAUAUUGUGACAGUGGAUCAUUUUAGACUGUGGAACUAUGCCCAUAUUUUUAAGAAUAUUUCAUUGAGAUUGACAGGCAGUUUUUUGAAGCUCCAGAAAUUGCUAACAGUCACCAAAAUAAGUCAACAAAGUAUUUUUUUAUAGACUAUUGUUAGUACUAUUUUUGUUUUGCACACUAUUAUAUAUAUCAUUUGUAAAUUUCUAUUGUUGGAUUUUGUUUUCUCUCUCUCCCCCUCCCCCUCUCCCUCCUCCCCCUCUCCCUCUCCCCUCCUCUUCUGCCUUGCUUUCCGACACAUUCUUUUCCUCCCCUCGCUGUCACUACCUUUUUUUAUAUUUUUUACUAGACGAAUGUGAAGUUUUAAUGUAGUGUGUGUGUUUUAUAUGUUAAUGUUUUUUCAUCCCUUAUCUGUUCUUUUGUAUAUUAAUAGAUACCUACUCCCUGUGAAAUAAAAUAUUUUAAACUGUAACAAUCUCUAUUCUGCCCAGAAUGUGAAUGAACUGAACAUGCACGUAAAAUUCCAAACAACUGUGUUGAAUGCAACAUUUGUUUUAUGUGUAGUGACUGAUUAUUUUGAAAUCUUCAAAUUUAUGGUUUUUCUGAUUUCAUUAAAUCACACAAAUGAA